AUGGAAGUGCCUCUGGUAGAAGCCAAGUUUCAGAGGAAAAGGGUUGUCCCAACAUGGGAUUUGUUUGUGCCGGAAUUGAAGCGGGCUAGCUAUAUCGCCGUACCAAUGGCGGUGGCUACCGUAUCACAGUACCUAAUGCGGUUUACAUCGAUGAUGAUGGUGGGUCAUCUUAGUGAACUCCAACUCGCCGGAACUUCAAUUACUACUUCCAUCACCAAUGUCACCGGCUUCAGUCUCCUUUUUGGAAUGGCUAGUGCUCUGGAAACACUCUGUGGGCAAGCUUAUGGAGCAGGGGUUUACCACAAAUUGGGAAUUUUUACCUAUGCAUCUAUAAUAUCUCUUAUCUUGGCCUGCGUACCGAUAUCCAUAUUGUGGAUCUUUAUGGAGAAACUACUAGUAUUGAUGGGUCAAGAUCCUCUGAUUUCCGCUGAAGCUGGAAGAUACGCAAUCUGGCUCAUACCAACUCUGUUUCCGUAUGCUGUUCUUCAAUCCCUGAUCCGAUACUUGCAGUCUCAGAGCAAGAUCAUCCCAAUGGUAAUAAGCUCUGUUGCUGCUCUGUGUUUCCAUUUGCCUGUUUGCUGGGCUUUAGUGUUUUACUUCAAACUGGAAAAUGCCGGAGCUGCUAUAGCUAUUGGGUUAUCAUAUUGGUUCAACGUGGCACUACUGUUCUGGUAUGUGAAUUAUGCAGCUUACUUCGAGAAGACCCGAAUCUGUUUCUCGAAAGAUGUUUUGUCAAGUGUUGGGGAAUUCUUCAAACUUGCGGUUCCUUCACAUCUUCAAUGGUGGACGUAUGAGAUUGUGAUCUUACUUUCUGGACUUUUGCCGAAUCCCCAACUCGAAACUUCAGUUCUUUCCAUUUGCCUCCUGAUUGCUUCAGUGCAUUACUACGUACCAUACUCUUUGGGUGCUGCAGCAAGCACUCGGGUUUCAAAUGAACUUGGAGCCGGGAAUCCAGAGGCGGGAAAAGUGGCUGUAUUGGCUGCGAUUUCGAUUUCAGUGGCGGAAGCGAUGAUGGCAUCCGCUGCGCUUUUCGGGUGCCGGAACGUAGUGGGAUACGCAUUCAGUGAUGAGAUAGAAGUAGUGAAGUAUCUCAACAAACUGUCUCCAUCGAUUUGCCUUGUGCUUAUGCUGGAUGGCCUACAAAGAGUUCUCUCUGGAGUUGCAAGAGGAUGUGGAUGGCAGAGAUUAGGAGCAUACAUCAAUUUCGGGGCAUUUUAUUUUGUCGGAAUCCCGGUGGCGGUUGUGUUGGGUUUUGUUGUUGACUUGAAAGGGUCUGGGCUUUGGAUAGGUCUAAAUGCUGGAUCAAUUGUGCAAUCUGUGUUUUAUGGUCUGAUUACCAGUUUCACUAACUGGGAAAAACAGGCCAUUGCUGCUCGUGCAAGAGUUUUGGGUGCAGUUAGCUCGGCAGCAGAAGAAGAAGAUUGUGUGGAUUCCAGAUCACUACCUUGA